GGCAUAUCAAAGCAAUUUCGGUCUCCUUACUGAGCAGACAUACCAACGAAAGCCUCAAGAUGAAGUCGUCUUUACAAAAUGUUCUUCUACUAAUGUUCUUUGUAACAUUUCCAACGUUGCAUUGUCAAACGUGCUCGGAUUGUUCAUUGACCGACGGAGUAUAUGCAUGUGUGGAUGAGUUUUCUUACGGCAUAUGUUUCAAUCUUGGAGCCGUUGAUACUAACACAAUUCGAUCAUGUGGAGAUGGCUAUUACUGCAAUGUUGACGGCUCAUUUUGUUCUCCACAGGAAUCCUCUACCCCAUCAUGUGAAACUUCUUCUUCAACUGCAGCUGUGUCCACCUGUUCAGAUUGUUCGCUGACCGAUGGUGUCUAUGCCUGCAUGGAUGAAUUUAGCUAUGGAGUCUGUUACAAUCUCGGCUUUGUCGAUCCAAACGCCAUUCGAUCAUGUGAUGAUGGCUUUUACUGCAAUGUGGAUGGCACAUUUUGCUCACCCCGCGAUACGUCUUCCCCAUCAUGUGUAUCGUCAACAACUCCAGAACCUACUACAGUAUCGACAACAGGUAAACCUACUGGAUCGACUACAGUUUUACCACCUGCUUCUACGAUCACACAGUCUCCAGAAUCUUCAACAGAAUCUACAACUCUUUCGCCCCCUGAUUCUUCGACUGCGCAGUCACCAGAACUUACAACCACAGUAUCUCCCCCUGAAUCCUCGACCGCGCAGUCUCCAGAACCUUCAACUACCGUUUCACCUCCUGAGCCUUCCACUGCGCAGUCUCCAGAACCUUCAACUACAGUAUCUCCCCCUGAGUCUUCCACUGCGCAGUCUCCAGAGCCGUCAACUACAGUUUCACCCCCUGAGUCUUCCACUGCGCAGUCUCCAGAACCGUCAACUACAGUUUCACCCCCUGAGUCUUCCACUGCACAGUCUCCAGAACCUUCAACUACAGUUUCACCCCCUGAGUCUUCCACUGCGCAGUCUCCAGAACCGUCAACUACAGUUUCACCCCCUAAGUCUUCCACUGCGCAGUCUCCAGAACCGACAACUACAGUUUCACCCCCUGAAUCCUCAACCGAUCAGUCUCCAGAACCCUCAACUACAGUUUCACCCCCUGAGGCUUCCACUGCGCAGUCUCCAGAACCGACAACUACAGUUUCACCCCCUGAGUCUUCCACUGCGCAGUCUCCAGAACCGACAACUACAGUUUCACCCCCUGAGUCUUCCACUGCGCAGUCUCCAGAACUUUCAACUACAGUAUCUCCCCCUGAAUCCUCAACCGAUCAGUCUCCAGAACCCUCAACUACAGUUUCACCCCCUGAGGCUUCCACUGCGCAGUCUCCAGCACCGUCAACUACAGUUUCACCCCCUGAGUCUUCCACUGCGCUGUCUCCAGAACUGACAACUACAGUAUCUCCCCCUGAAUCCUCAACCGAUCAGUCUCCAGAACCCUCAACCACAGUUUCACCCCCUGAGUCUUCCACUGCACAGUCUCCAGAACCUUCAACUACAGUUUCACCCCCUGAGUCUUCCACUGCGCAGUCUCCAGAACCUUCAACUACAGUUUCACCCCCUGAGUCUUCCACUGCGCAGUCUCCAGAACCGACAACUACAGUUUCACCCCCUGAAUCCUCAACCGAUCAGUCUCUAGAACCCUCAACUACAGUUUCACCCCCUGAGGCUUCCACUGCGCAGUCUCCAGAACCGACAACUACAGUUUCACCCCCUGAGUCUUCCACUGCGCAGUCUCCAGAACUUUCAACUACAGUAUCUCCCCCUGAAUCCUCAACCGAUCAGUCUCCAGAACCCUCAACUACAGUUUCACCCCCUGAGGCUUCCACUGCGCAGUCUCCAGAACCGUCCACUACAGUUUCACCCCCUGAGUCUUCCACUUCGCAGUCUCCAGAACCGUCAACUACAGUUUCACCUCCUGAGUCUUCAACUGCGCAGUCUCCAGAACCUUCAACUACAGUAUCUCCCCCUGAAUCCUCAACCGAUCAGUCUCCAGAACCCUCAACUACAGUUUCACCUCCAGAUUCUUCCACUGCGCCGUCUCCAGAACCUUCAACCACAGUUUCUCCCCUUGAAUCCUCGACCGCGCAGUCUCCAGAACCUUCAACAACAAUUUCGCCGCCUGAUUCGUCGACUGCAAAAUCUCCAGACCCUUCAACAACAGUUUCACACCCCGAUUCCUCGACAGCACCGUCUUCCGUGUCCACGCAGGAGUCGAGCUCAGAACCCACAAGUACAGAGGUGCCAGAAUUCAAUGCCGAUGCAUACUGUUUGAGUCUCAACAAAGAAGGAUAUUUUAGGGUCCCGAGUGAUCCCACCUGCAAAGAUUAUGUGAACUGUUACAAAUUGUCGGGAGAUACCCUAGGUUGGCUCUUUCAUUGCAACACUGACGAAUAUUUUAACUCGGAGACAAGUCAGUGUGAAACUGAGCGACCUGCUGACUGCUGAUAAACUGAAUUUUAUUUAACUUUCGCAAGGAUGAGUAGAAACAUGUUAUAAAAAAAAUAUAUAUUUAUAUAUAUAUAAUAUUGUAUAAUAAGAAGGAUUUAUUUAAGUAUAUUGCUUACAGUUUUGUAUUCUUUUAUUGGUACGAUUAGUAUUAUUAUUAUUAUUAUUAUUAUAUAUUUUUAUAAAUGAUCGAAACAACCAGAA